AUGGUAACAAACAUCAACAGUUCGUCGAAUGAAUUGAUUAAAUUACCAUCUGAAUUAAUUAAUAUUGUCUGGGGAAAUGAUAUUGAAAUGUCGAUAUUUGAACGAUGGUCUCAAUCAUUUCAAUUUUCUAUUGAUGAACCAUCAGCAUUUAUUCAACAUGAAGGUGGACCUUGUUCUGUUUUAACAACAGUUCAAGCACAUCUAUUAAAUGAAUUAAUCUUUUGUUCACGAUGUAAUGAAAAUUGGCGACAAGCAUCAUCAGAUGAAAUCGAUCUUCAUUUUCUAAAUGCACUUGUAUCAAUUCUUCAUUUAUUAUCAUCAUCCAAUAAAAAAAUCUAUUUGGCAAAUUUCUCCAAUGAUAAACCUUCUUAUACAGUUAAAGAAUUUCAUGAGAAAAUUCAAUUUUCUCUUUGUCAAUCCAAUAUUGAUUUGAAACAACAAAUUUUCUCACGUCUUCAAAUGUGGAAAAAUUCUUAUGGUGUUUUACUUUUUUCUUUAUUCAUGUUUAAUGACAAAAACAAUUGA